UUGCUUUGAGAAUGAGGAUAUCACGGAAACCCCCUCUCCCAGUCAGCUGACAAGUAAAGAAGCCAUGGCCAAAGCACUGUCCGAUUACACAGCGGCAGUUCAACCCCAGGGUUCCAUUCCAAUUAUCUUACUUCUGGUGCUGGUUAAGGCGAUGGUGCUGGCCAUGUACAAGCAGUACGUGGACGCGGAGGACUGGACCGCCAGCAUCAACACCGAACAGACACCGUCGUCGUGGUCCCGCACAACAGUCGGCAACCUGCGGCUGCUGUACAAGGAGCGGCGCAAGUCCCUGAAGUCCGUCCAGGCGCUGGCGUACGCGCAGCAAGAGACCGACAAGACCAGUUCUCCCGCCGUCGCCCAGCCUCAAACGGAAACCCCCUGGUUGCCCGCGGGCCUUCCCUGGCUUCCCAGGGAGGCCUCGACGACGGGUCACGAGCUCGAGGAAGGGCCCAAGUCGCCGGACACGCCGCCGCCGCUGAGUCCGCCCGAGUCGCCCGUCGAUUUGCCCGGCACGUCCCGUGUGUCCUGCCGCGAGCGCCGGAGGUUGCGUGAUCCAACGGACGCCAAGUCCCGUUCACCGAGGGUGUCUGUUGGUGGCUCACCCGAGAUGUCACGAGGGCAGCCGAAACCCGGCAUGCGGUCAUCUUGAGCGUGUGCACGACGCUUUAUCAACUGGAAUUGGGACAGCUGUGCGGUCGGGAGAUAGGAGAGAUGUACUCUCUAUGCCGGAAUCUAAUUUUUAGCGCGGUGUUUCUGGACGUUUUACGUUGACCUUCACCGCCGCGAGUAAGUGUGUCACUGAUGUUCUUUGUCUUCGGUUCAUCAUCGCUUUAUUUAUGAACGAAUGAAUAGUUAAUGCAUAAACAAAUGUUAAUGAUAUGCGCAGAUGGCGAAUAUUUAUCUUUAGUUGCCUGUUUUUUUGCUGUCGUUCUUUUUUAGUCUUCUGCUGUCGUUCUUUUCUAAAGUCUGCCAAAGACAGACUUUAGAUAGUGUUCCCGGUUUCACCUUCUCUUUUGGAUUUACGUUCGUCAAAUUCAUUGUGUUAUUGAGCAAAAACAUUUCGAAAUAAAUGACCA